UUGAAGGUGGUGAAAUUGGCCCUAAGUCGCGUAUCUCUGUUGUAUAUUUUUCGAGUUCAUUUUAUAUUUCUCAUUUCAUCUGUCAUGAGUGCAUAUAUAUUCAAACGCUAUUGUCAUAUAGUGAGGAAAAUAAACCCGUUAUUAUGAAGAAUAUAAAAUAACAAAAAUAUUAUAGUAAAAACUAUAGAAAAAGUGUAGUACAGGAUAGAUGUCCAUUAAUGAAUACCUAACCUAACCUAACCUAUUUGGCAAUUCUGUUUUUCAAUGGAAAAGAAAAGUGCAAUUUUGCAUAUUGAUAACGAACGACGUACAUAGUACAAUGCUUUUAUUGUUAAUGAGAUACUAAUUAAUUCUACAGCUUAACUUUACAGUGCAUCAUCGGCUAAAGACUAUAAGAAUUUAAUUUGUACUUUGGAUAUAUAAUGGACAUUGUCUAAGAUCAAUAAAAUAGUUCUUAUUACUAAAGCAGCAUUAUAUAUAAAGAGUAUUGUAGAAAAUGAGUGAGACUCCAACAAAUGAUAUGCCUGAGAGCAACGGUGCAAUGGAGCAGUCUGCUUAUAAUGGCGAGGCAGAAGAGCAUGCUGCUAAGUCUCCAGUAAGUACUGAAGAGAAAGCACCGGAUUCAGUAUGUGAUAAUGGUAUAAAAAGGAAUGCCAUUGCCUCUGGCAAUAGUAAUGCACCAAAUAGAACAAAAAAACGCAAGAAGACUCCAAGAGAUGCCACUGCACCAAAACAACCUUUGAGUGGUUAUUUCCUGUUUUUAAAUGACCGGAGAGAGAAAGUUCGAAGCGAAAAUCCGAAUUUAACAUUCACAGAGAUUACAAAGCUUCUGGCUUCGGAAUGGAGUAAAUUACCAGGUGAUCAGAAACAGCAAUAUUUGGAUGCAGCUGAACAAGAUAAAGAGCGCUACAAUCGCGAGUUUAACAACUAUAAGCAAACAGAAGCAUAUCGACUGUUCAAUGAAAAACAAUCAGAGAGACAAAAUGAAAAUAAGAAAGAAAGAAAUGGCACUGAUGUAAACGUUGAGCAGAAUGACAUCCAGCAAGAUAAGGACAAUGAUUUUACAGGUUUUGACAUCCCUAUUUUUACAGAAGAAUUUCUGGAUCACAACAAAGCCUGUGAGGCUGAAUUGAGACAAUUGCGGAAAGCAACAUCCGACUAUGAAUCUCAGAAUGCAGUUCUCCAGCGACACGUCGAUAGUCUGCAUGCGGCUGUGAAUCGCUUGGAAUCCGAAACUAAUCAACAACGAACGAACAAUCAAGCUUUACAGCGCAAUUUGGAUUCUCUUCGUUCGCAAUUAGCAGGCUGCUUCGCUACUAUACCGCUUCCAGGCACACAUGAUGGUGCUACAUUACAAAAUAUCGACAGUUACUUCGAGAGACUGGAAUCAUUAUUGAGCGGUAACGUCGAACAAAGUCUACGUAAUACUAUUCGCAAUGCUGUGUCUCGUCUAGAAUUAAUUGGAUGACAAUCGCCUCCGGGCAGUACAUCAUUGAAACAUCAUCGUUCGAGGCAUUCACAUCGAAAGUAGUGAAAAAAAUAUUUUAAACAGUUUGUAAAUUCCACUUUUCUACCUCGUGGUAGGAUCAAUAUGAUUACCAGCUAUUUAAGUUAAUGAUUACAUAUGUAUUGCAGCUGAUUAUUUGUGGUUUCUAUAAUAUAUAUGACAAUAAUUUACACUUUA